AUGAAUAUUGAUGCUGAUGUUACUUUUGAGAUGCUGUCUGAUGAUAAUAUAAUCUCUCUGAAAGCCCUUGAUUUGGUUGAAACAUAUUUUUUGCAACAACCUAAGAAUUUUGUUGUAACUCAUAAGAAUAAAAGUACUAUUUAUUGA